GCCGCAGCCGCAGCGUACAGUUACGUGCCGUCUCAUUAGGAUUAUUUUGUGACUCUAAAAAUGGAAGAAACAAAGGAAGGCACGGCCUUUAGAGGUGUUGCGGAAAGGCUGACACUCGGCAUUGCCCGAAUACUUGAGAGCAUGCCCGGUGUGGUUGACCUGCGUUUCGUGGAGAGGGAGCCUGCAGAGAAGAGAUGUCUGUUGUCAUGGGAACAGAAAAAUACCUGCAUUUUGCCAGAGGACCUUAGAGAUUUCUAUCUGACAACUGAUGGGUUCACGCUCACCUGGAGCGUCAAACUAGACAGUGAGUGCAUCCCUGUAGGUUGCAUGAUGAUAAACAGUGUGGCUAGGCUGCGUCCCCUGGUCCAGCCAAUAUCACUUUUCUCCCUGCCCAAUGCACCCUCACUGGCUGAUCUGGACUGGGAGGAGAACAGCACAGAAGGCGGAUCAACAAGUGGUCCUACUGCACCCCAUUUCGACUCUCGGAGCCGGAUCUUUGAGCUGGACUCCUGUGGUGGAAAUGGCAAGGUGUGCCUGGUCUACAGAAGCUGCACCCAAGGUGUGGUGGCUCAGCAAAGUGAAAUGUGGUUUCUGGAUCGUUCAUUGUAUUGGCAUUUUCUGACCCCUACGUUCACUUCCUACUACCGACUGAUGAUCACCCACCUGGGUCUGCCAGAGUGGCAGUAUGCCUUCACCCCAUAUGGCCCCAGCCCUCAGGCCAAGCAGUGGGCAUCCCUGUACCAGCCUUUGAUCUUCAACCGUGAGGUCAGUCCUGCUGACCCUGCUGGAGACUCCCAUAUCAACAAACUGGACCCCACCAAGGCAUUCAAAGGCAAAGUCAAGACUCCUGUGCCCAAGAAGAAGCAGUCAACACAGGGCAGCACUGGGAGCACUGCUAAGAGCCAAGCAAGCACAGGAAAACAGGGGGGGGCAAAGCGGUGAGAG